GCCAGGAGCAAUCUAGCCUCGUAACCCUCCAUCCUCUGCGCCGCUUCCAGUAACCGCUAGCCCUCCUAAUCGGCUUCCGAGCCGGGCGCUCUGUUCGGAAACCGUCCUGGCCCAACUCGGCCCUCCGCGCUCGCGAAGAUGACCGCAUCUUCCUUCCUAGCGCAGAGAAAGUGAGCCCGGAAAGGGAAGGAGAGGGCGGGAACACCCCCUACAGAAUAAAUAAAUAAACAUCUAAACAGGCUCCUCGCCGCUUCUGGACGCGGUCGGUUGAGUCCAGGUUGGGUCGGACCUGAUUCCGGAGACGCAGCACCGCCUCCCGCCCUCGCGUCCGCCGCCCGCCGGGAGCUGAGUCGCGCGGGCAGUGGUGGCGGCGGGUGACCCGGGAGUUUGCUUUUUAGCUGGAUGGAGCUGAACUUCGGGCGACCGGAGCAGCGCGGCCGUCCGAGCUUCGCUGCCUGCUGAGCUCCCCGGCGAGAUCCCGCGGCCGCUCGUGAUUUUGGGGGGGCGGGGGGACCAGCUGCGCGCCAGCACCAUGUUCCUGGCGACCCUGUACUUCGUGCUGCCGCUCCUGGACGUGCUCCUGUCCGCGGAGGUGAGCGGUGGAGAUCGUCUGGACUGCGUGAAAGCCAGCGACCAGUGCCUGAAGGAGCAGAGCUGCAGCACCAAGUACCGCACGCUGAGGCAGUGCGUGGCGGGCAAGGAGACCAACUUCAGCCUGGCGUCUGGCCUCGAGGCCAAGGACGAGUGCCGCAACGCCAUGGAGGCCCUCAAACAGAAGUCACUCUACAACUGUCGCUGCAAGCGGGGCAUGAAGAAGGAGAAGAACUGCCUGCGCAUCUACUGGAGCAUGUACCAGAGCCUGCAGGGAAACGACCUGCUGGAAGAUUCCCCAUAUGAACCUGUUAACAGCAGAUUGUCCGAUAUUUUCCGGGUGGUCCCAUUCAUACCAGAUGUUUUUCAGCAAGUGGAACACAUACCCAAGGGGAACAACUGCCUAGACGCUGCCAAGGCCUGCAACCUGGACGACACCUGCAAGAAGUACAGGUCUGCGUACAUCACCCCGUGCACCACCAGCACGUCCAAUGAAGUCUGCAACCGACGCAAGUGCCACAAGGCCCUCCGGCAGUUCUUUGACAAGGUUCCUGCCAAGCACAGCUAUGGGAUGCUGUUCUGCUCCUGCCGGGACAUCGCCUGCACCGAGCGCAGGCGGCAGACCAUCGUGCCCGUGUGCUCCUAUGAAGAGAGGGAGAAGCCCAAUUGUUUGAAUUUGCAGGACUCCUGCAAGACCAAUUACAUCUGCAGGUCUCGCCUUGCAGAUUUUUUUACCAACUGCCAGCCGGAGUCAAGGUCUGUCAGCAGCUGUCUGAAGGAAAACUACGCUGACUGCCUCCUUGCCUACUCGGGGCUUAUUGGCACCGUCAUGACCCCUAACUACAUCGACUCCAGCAGCCUCAGCGUGGCCCCGUGGUGUGACUGCAGCAACAGUGGGAACGACCUCGAAGAGUGCAUGAAAUUUUUGAAUUUCUUCAAGGACAACACGUGUCUUAAAAAUGCAAUUCAAGCCUUUGGCAAUGGCUCCGAUGUGACCGUGUGGCAGCCAGCCUUCCCAGUACAGACCACCACUGCCACCACCACCACAGCCUUCCGGGUCAAGAACAAGCCCCUGGGGCCACCAGGGUCCGCGAAUGAAAUCCCCACACACGUGUUACCACCUUGCGCAAAUUUACAGGCACAGAAGCUGAAAUCCAAUGUAUCAGGCAGCACACACCUCUGUCUUUCUGAUCAUGAUUAUGAAAAGGACGGCCUCGCUGGUGCUUCCAGCCACAUAACCACAAAAUCAAUGGCUGCUCCUCCAAGCUGCAGCCUGUGCCCACUGCUGCUCCUGGUGGUACCAGCCCUGUCCACCCUAUUAUCUUUAUCUUUGGCAGAAGCAUCGUAGCUGCAUUUACAAGACAACAUGGACAUGUAAAAAAGACAAAAACCAAGUUAUCUGUUUCCUGUCUUCUUGUAUAUCUGAAAUUCCAGUGUUAGGAGCUCAGUUGAGACACUGCUAAAACGGUUUCAUCCAACUGGAAUUUUUUUUUUUCUUUUCUUUUUAAAGAAGGCUUCUUGUGAUACUUAGGGGCUUCUGUGGCAUACUUGUUGCAGGGCUACAUUCCAAACGCAGAAGGCUUUAGGGCAUGCUGUAUGCUAAAGGGACAGUUUGUAAAUUGGGUGGUAAAGCCAGCUGGGGUGAUGAUGAUGAUGAUGAACUGUUUUAACUCUGGCCUCUCCUAGCUAGACAGUGAGUUAGUGUUUCUAAAGAAUCUUCCAUUUCUCAUGCAAUGGCUUUGAUUUCUAACGACAGAAACUGCGGCCGAACAUGGGCACUGAGCUUUUUUGUCACAAAGCGAAGAGUCUCAUGGAGAGUAGGCUUUGUGAAAACAAGCUUGUACUGAUGUUCACCGUUCUGUAUGUUCUCGCAUUUUCCUUGCUGAAGUUUAUGUACUGUAAACAGCUCUAUGCUCUCCGGAAAACAAAAAACACCUGUCACCUCCAAAUGUCGUGUCUGUCUUACAGUCAAAGUAGAGAGUGAGAGUGGGCUUGAAAUGCCACAGUGUCUUCAUCACCGAACGACACUCUCCUAAGCCUUACCUGAGUGAGAAGCCCUUAAACUAACACAAGUCAAAUAUAGCUGAAGCUUCACUCUAAUACUCUUUACACUUAUGAGGUUAUAUGUAGACAAAAAAUUUUACUACUAAAUGAUUUCAACUAUUGGCUUUCUAUAUUUUGAAAGUAACGAUAUUGUCUUCAUUUUUUUACUGAUGGUUUAAUACAAAAUACGUGGAGCUUGUUUUCCUCCCAGUAAGUAGCGUUAUCUCUGAUAUUAACUUCAUAAACACAACUCUUCAAAAGCAGACUCCAAGGGGUCUUGUGCUGCAGCAGAAAGCUCUGCAUCACAUUACUGUGGACAGGCAGGAGGAAACAGAGCAGCCCUGGCUUGGUCUUCUGUCAUUUCUUGAAAUGCAAGCGUGCAUACCGGAGAGGAAACCAGCGGCCACUUGUAAAUGUUCUAAAAUGUGUAAUGGCACCCUUGCCAGUUAACAG